AUGCUCUCGCGCAAGGCGGAGAAGCGCAUGGUCUCCUCCAUCUUCAUCAUCCUUGCGCCACCCCGGAGGGGCUGCGGGGGUCCUGCGAAGGCCCCGCCGUUCCUUCCCACGGAGAAGCUGGUCCCUCGGAAAGAGGGGAGGGGGGCCAGCAGCACGCCGGGUGCAGUUUCCUCUGCCCGGCUGGCGCCGCCUCUUGACCCUCCUCAAUCUGUGGAAGCCGUCCUGAGGUCUCUGCAGCCCUCCGCUGCCCUCCCGGUGGAGACCCUGGGCCUGGGUCUGCAGAAGGGAGCUGCCGCCUUGCCCUCCCCCCUGCAGACUUCUGGAGUGGAAGAGCCUCGGCCGGCCUCUCCUCUCGACUGGACAGAUGGACAGGCACAGGAAGAGGCUGCAGCGCCAGAUAUUUGCGCUUUCUGCCAUAAGGGCAUCUCGCCCGAUGCUCUUGCUCUUGAGGCCAUGAGGAAGCAGUACCAUGUCAAAUGCUUCACCUGCCGGAUUUGUCACAGCAGCCUUGCGGGGCAGAGCUACUACCAGAAAGAGGGCCGGCCCUUGUGCACGGCCUGCUAUCAGGAGACUCUGGAGAAGUGCGAUGCCUGCCAAUCCUCCAUCCUCCAUGAGAUUGUGUGGGCUCUGGGGAAGGGGUACCACCCAGAAUGCUUCACCUGCGUGGCCUGCAGCCGCCCGAUUGGCAGCGACGCCUUUGCCGUGGAUGACGACCACCAGGCUCUUUGCCUCCCGGACUUUUACAGGAGGUUUGCUCCCGUCUGUGGCGUCUGUGAGGAGCCCAUCAUCCCGCGGGACGGGAGGGACGCCUACAAGAUCGAGUGCCUGGGGAGAAACUUCCACGAGGAUUGCUACCGGUGCGAGAAGUGUCAGGUCUUGCUGUCCCUGGAGCCCACGGAGGACGGGUGUUACCCUCUUGGCAGCCGCCUCCUUUGCCAAGCCUGCUACGUCUGGCAGACCCGGGGUCCUCCUGCUCCGGAUGCUGAUCGCUCUUGGAAGUGGGCCCAGGAGGGCUAG